AUGGUAUCUUCACUAGCAUCGGGCCAGUCCUCCGAUACCGGCUCGGAGUAUUCAGAAUACUCCGUCUACUCCAGAAGUUACCAUCCCAGGGACUUGUUCUACGACUUCAUCGACUCGUUCAAGCCCUUCGACUACUCCGUCUUACCACCUAUAUACAAUACUGAAGACACCCUUGUGUCAGACAAACUGGUCCUUCACCCCAACCACCCACAAUUUGAUUAUUCACAUCUCACAGAGCUUGAGAGAGCGGCUUUGGUCACGGCAACAUCGCCCCUUUCAAAGCACUUGAAAACUCGUCAUUUGACCCUUAUCUCCCUUGGUGGUGCUAUCGGUACCGGGCUCUUCAUAGGUCUGGCUCUGUCCUUGAGCCAUGCUGGCCCUCUAGGAAUGCUCUUGGUGUGGAUCUUUAUCGGCUCGAUCACCUUCACGACGAUGUCGUCACUUUCAGAAUUAGCAACUGCUUUUCCUAUUGCUGGUUCCUUUGUCACAUUCACCACAUUAUUCAUAGAUGCCUCCUGUGGCUUCGCUAUAGCUUGGAACUAUGCCUUACAGUGGUUGGUAACCAUGCCUCUAGAACUUGUUGCAGUCUCGAUGACAUUCUCCUAUUGGAAUACAGAUGUUCAUCCGGCUGUGUAUGUUGCCAUCUUCUACGUAGUCAUUGUAGUGAUCAACUUGUUCGGUGUAAAAGGAUACGGUGAGGCAGAGUCCUUGUUCAGUAUUAUCAAAAUUAUAGCCGUCAUCGGCUUCAACAUCUUGUCCAUCAUUAUAGUCACCGGGGGUGUCCCUGGACAACCCUACAUCGGAGGCAAGUACUGGCAUAAACCAGAAGGAGGGUUAUUUAACACUGUGGAGCCAUUUAAACAAUGCUGCUACAUCAUUGCUAAUGCCUCGUUUGCCUACGCUGGGGUAGAGAUCUUUGCCCUUGCGGCAGUAGAAAGUAAGCAGCCUAAGAAAUCGAUCAACAGCGCCAGAAAGCAGAUUUUCUACCGUAUUCUUGUUUUUUACAUCUGUUCGCUUGUAAUGAUUGGUUUGCUUGUGCCCUACACAGACGAGAGAUUGUUGGGAACUAACACUAAGGCCGGCAACAUUGGAGUUGAUAUCAACACCUCUCCAUUUGUAAUUGCAAUCAAAAACGCAAACAUCAGAGCAUUGCCUACUAUCAUGAACAUCGUGAUUAUAAUCACUGUUGUAUCAGUUGGAAAUGCCAGUGUGUAUGGCUCUUCUCGUGCCUUGUGUGCACUUGGAGCCUUGAGACAGGGUCCUUCUAUUUUGAACUUUAUAGAUCGUAGAGGUAGACCAAUGGCUGGACUUCUAGUCCAGUUUGCCUUUGGAUUGUUAGCCUUCUUGGUAGCAAUUCCUGGCCCCAGUGUAACGACUCAGAUCUUCAACUGGCUCUUAAGUUUGUCUGGUCUCAGUAUCUUGUUCACGUAUUUGUCGAUUAACAUCUGCCACUUGAGAUUCCGCAGGGCUUUGAAUGUCAGAGCCAGACUUCCUCAGGAUGAACUUGUCUACACUUCACCAGUGUGGGUAUCGUGGUAUGCCAUCAUCUGCAUCAUAACUGUGUUGGGAUUGCAGUUCUGGGCAGCUUUGUUCCCACCAGGCAACCACGCAGCAGAUUGGGAGAGCUUCUUGACCAUAUACUUGGGGUUGCCUGUGUUGAUUUUGUUCUACAUAUGUCACAAGAUCUAUGCCAAAAUCUUCUUGAAGGUGCCAUUGACUAAGUUUUGGCUCACUGCUGAAGAAAUAGAUAUCGACACUGGAAGAAGACAGAUUGACAUGGAAGCAUUGAAGCAAGAGAUUGCUGAAGAGAGAUUGAGCUUCCAAUCCAAACCAUUGUAUUAUAAGGUGUUCCGGUUUUUCUGCUAG